UAACUGAUAACUACACUUGACUACAUUCUUUCCAUUUGUAUCCCCGGCUCUUAGAAUAGUGCCUAGUCUCACAUCAGAUGGCUGGAUCAUGAAUUUAGACUUAGAAGAGACCUUCAAGGUAUACCACGCUCUCACCUUAAAACCCUUUAACUCAGAUUUAAAAUGAUUUAUUCAAGGUCCAACAAUAGGUGCUUAAAGAGCACUAGACCCCGUGUUUUUGUUUUUGUGUUUUUGGGGAGCAGCACUGAAAAGCUAAGUGAGUUGAUAAAUUGACUUCAACUCCAAGUAAGUAGAAAACAGGACUUUAAAUUCAUUUGGGAAGACAAAUGCUUGCAGUGUUACUAAUUAUCUUUUAUAGAUGAAGAAACCGAUGUUCUGGGCCUCAGGGCCAAAAGAAGGCACCGUGCCGAAAGCUCUUUCCACAACUCCACAAAUUCAAGGAUGGAGGAAUCAGCCCUAACAAGGAGCAUAUUCUAAAAGGCUUUCCAGAAGAGAGGAUGUGGGAAUCCUCCCGCCCCAAACGCAGCCACCCAAAACAGCGAUUGUCGGGGAGGGAGAAGCGCUUGCGCUGACCGUCGCUGAGGCGGGGUGGAGUGUAUUGAGGAGAGGGAGACCCGAAGCGGGGAAGGAAAGGGGAGGUAAUAGAGUGUCAUAGCAACUGCGCGCGCUCCGGACUCUUUCCGCUCGCGGUCGCGGGUGAAGGGGGACGCAAGGGCGGCGCGUUGCGUCAUCAGGACGCGCACGCGGAGUUCCUCAUCGCCUUCGCCGUUUGUUUAGGUCCCCUCCCGGCUGCCGUCGCCCAUCUCCUUCGGUGUUUUAAUCUCCCCAUUCAGCUUUCUUUCCUCCCUCUCGAGGCUCCGAGACCCCACGUAGUGCGGUCCGAAAAGAAGGACACGGUCCCCGUGCCUCCCUCACCAAUACCCCGACCUCCCCGGGCCAGCCUCCUAUUAUCCGGGCCAGCUCCCAUAGGGUGGUCGGUAGGUUUCCAUCACCAUGAGCCUCUUCAACCUGGACCGGUUCCGCUUUGAGAAGAGAAAUAAAAUUCAGGAACAGCCCGAACCAGCCCCCCAGCUGCCUCCUCCUCCUACUCCUCCACUUCCUUCUCAGGUUGAGCCUCCUUCACCCGUUUCCACUAUUAUUGAAGAUGAUGAUCUUGAAGGGGGUAAAGGCAGCAGGCCAGGAACACCAGAUUCAGAUAUAACAGAAAAAACAGAAGAUUCCAGUGUACCAGAAACUCCAGAGCCGGAAAGAAAAUCAGGUGUAUCAUAUUUCAAGAAUCAAAAAGGAAUACAGUUUAUCGAUCUGUCUUCUGACAGUGAAGAUUUUGGCUCCCCAAAUUGUUCUAAUAUAAAUCAAGACGAAAAGUCUGGAAGAGAACCAGUGAUUAUAGUUUCUGAGCAAUCUGAAGAUGAACAGACUGAAGAGUAUACUGAUAUGACACAAAGAAAUGAUGAUAUCUCAGAACUGGAAGACCUUAAAGAUGCAAAGCUUCAGACUUUGAAGGAACUAUUUCCACAAGGAAGUGACAGUGAUUUAAUUAAGUUGAUUGAAUCAACAAGUACAAUGGAUGGAGCAAUAGCUGCUGCAUUGCUGAUGUUUGGAGAAGGUAUACCUCGGAAAAGAAAAUUAGAUUCAUCUUCCUCAUACACCUCUGAAGAUGAGGAUGAUGAUCAAACUGUAAAAAGGAAACGAUUCAAUCCUCUUGAAGAAUCAAAGGAUUUUGAAGAAUCAGAGGAUAAAUGGGAAAAGCAGGAAGCAAUUGUAGCAAAGCUACAGACAGAGUUCCCCAGUUUGGCUAAAGAGGAACUAAGAGAAGUACUUAAGGAACAUGAAUGGAUGUAUAAUGAAGCUUUGGAAUCUUUAAGAGUCUUUGCUGAAGAUCAACAAGAUGUACAGUAUCCUUCAAAAAGUGAAAUUUCAAAUGGAAAAGCUAUCUCAAGAAAAAGUCAAAAUCACCUUAAAAAUACUUCUAAAACAAAGAUGAAACAAAAAUGUGCUGUUAAAGCACAGAAUGGUUUUAACAAGAAAGGCAAAAAAACUUUUUUCAAUCCUAAAAAGGAAAUUCAGGACUCUGAAUAUGAUUCAGGCUCUGAUGUUGGGAGCUCUUUGGAUGAGGACUAUAGCAGUGGUGAGGAGGUGAUGGAAGAUGGCUACAAAGGUAAAAUACUUCACUUCCUACAAGGGGCUUCAAUUGGUGAACUCACUUUGAUUCCCCAGUGUUCUCAGAAAAAAGCUCAGAAGAUAACAGAGCUCCGGCCCUUUAACAGUUGGGAAGCUCUGUUUACAAAAAUGUGCAAGACAAAUGGGUUGUCAGAAGAUUUAAUAUGGCACUGUAAAACAUUGAUCCAAGAAAGGGAUGUAGUUAUAAGACUUAUGAACAAAUGCGAAGAUAUUUCAAAUAAAUUGACAAAGCAGGUGACUAGGCUUACUGAAGGUGGAGGUGGAUGGAACAUAGAUCAACCUUCCAUUCUAAACCAAAGUUUGUCUCUCAAGCCAUAUCAAAAGAUUGGUUUGAAUUGGCUAGCACUGCUACAUAAACAUGGACUAAAUGGUAUUUUGGCUGAUGAAAUGGGAUUAGGGAAAACAAUUCAAGCUAUUUCCUUUCUGGCAUACCUCUACCAAGAAGGUAAUAGAGGUCCUCAUUUAAUUGUUGUGCCAGCUUCAACUUUAGACAACUGGAUAAGAGAAGUUAAUUUAUGGUGCUCUAACCUAGAUGUCCUCUUUUAUUAUGGUUCUCAAGAAGAUCGCAAACAGCUUAGAUACGAUAUUCAUAAUAAAGUUGUAGACUUCAAUGUGAUUGUGACUACGUACAAUUGUGCAAUCAGCAGUUCAGAUGACCGCAGUCUAUUUCGACGGCUGAAACUUAACUAUGCAAUCUUCGAUGAGGGCCACAUGUUGAAAAAUAUGGGUUCUGUGCGCUACCAGCACCUCAUGACCAUUAACGCAAAGAAUCGCCUGCUACUUACAGGCACUCCUGUUCAGAACAAUCUAUUGGAACUCAUGUCUCUGUUGAAUUUUGUGAUGCCUCAUAUGUUCAGUAGUAGCACCAGUGAAAUCAGAAGAAUGUUCUCUUCCAAAGCAAAAUCAGCUGAAGAACAAAGUAUAUAUGAAAAGGAGAGAAUAGCACAUGCUAAGCAAAUUAUAAAGCCAUUUAUUCUGAGAAGAGUAAAAGAAGAGGUCCUAAAGCAGCUACCUCCCAAAAAAGACUGUGUUGAACUCUGUGCAAUGUCAGAAAAACAGGAACAGUUGUACUUUGGUCUUUUUAACAAAAUGAAGAAAUCCAUCAAUGGCAUGGAGAAAAGUUCAGAAAUGGGCAAUGUGAUGAUGCAACUAAGAAAAAUGGCCAAUCACCCUUUAUUACAUCGUCAAUAUUACACAGCUGAAAAACUCAAAGUAAUGUCACAGCUGAUGCUGAAGGAACCUACACAUUGUGAAGCUAAUCCUGACCUGAUUUUUGAAGACAUGGAAGUCAUGACAGACUUUGAACUACAUUUACUUUGUAAACAGUAUGCACAUAUUAAUGACUUUAUGUUAGACAUGGACCUCAUUUUGGACUCCGGGAAAUUCAAGAAACUAGAAUGCAUUUUAUCUGAAUUAAAAGAAAAGGGUGACAGGGUUGUAUUAUUUAGCCAGUUUACAAUGAUGCUGGACAUCUUAGAGGUUCUUCUAAAACACCAUCAGCAUAGAUAUCUUAGAUUGGAUGGAAAGACUCAAAUUUCUGAAAGGAUUCAUCUAAUUGACCAGUUCAAUACAGACAUGGAUAUCUUUAUAUUUCUUCUAUCAACAAAAGCUGGUGGACUUGGCAUAAAUUUGACCUCUGCAAAUGUUGUUAUACUUCAUGAUAUUGACUGUAAUCCAUAUAAUGACAAACAAGCUGAAGAUAGAUGCCACAGAGUAGGUCAGACUAAAGAAGUACAUGUCAUAAAGUUAAUAAGUCAAGGAACAAUAGAAGAGUCUAUGCUCAAAAUCAACCAACAGAAACUGAAACUAGAACAAGAUAUGACUACAGUAGAUGAAGGUGAUGAAGGAAAUGUACCUGCAGAUAUAGCUACAUUACUAAAGACUUCAUUGGGUCUCUAAAAGAAGGAUUUCUAAUUGAGAAAAUACCAACUUGGUGCACCCAAGGACAUAAACAUUACUGAAGACCAUGGGAUUUAUGAACAUUUAUAACUUUUUAUAAUAUCCAUAUUGUAUUUCUCAUGGUAUGAAAGAUUUUUGCCACUAAAUGAAUUCUCCAGUUGCUCAAACCUGAAAUAUAUAAUUGCCACAGAAAAGUAGUCCUUAAGAUGUUGAAUAAUCAUAUUUUACAAAGCAGUUUUCCAAAUGGGGAUUAGUUGGUGAUUGUUUGUAACAGAUCUGCUAAUGCUUUAGAUAUGUCAGUAUUUUUGUAAUUAUUUCUACCUCCAAAUAUAUAUAAUACUGUCUUUCACUGGAUAAUGUGUGUAGAUUUUUACAUGUGCCUUAUUUGACAAUGCUUAUGUUUUGUUUUGCCUGUCUUAACUCAUUUUUGAAGUACUGUUUUUAUAUUAACUUAGUCAAAUAAAACUGUAUAGAUUAUGUAGCUUUAGUUUUGUUACUGUUUGAAGCAGAUGCUCACCAUUGUCAUCAAGAACUCUGACAAGAAUUUUAAGGUGGUGAUCUUUUACCAACAUCCCCCUUCACCUCCCACUCCUUGUUUGUCUAGGAACUGUUUAGUUUUCCUAAGAAUAGUAAUGAAAAAAUCCUCAUCUUGGAUUUUUUUCCUAGAUGGAUGGAUUAUUACUAUGGAUUACUUAAUUUUUGUUCUUCCCCUUAGCUUUGCAGUAGUUAUGCACAUCCCUUUGGCUAGCCUUAUGCAUGCCUCUUCAUUUGUUUCUCUUGGCAUUUGCUGCCCUGAUGCUCUUGUUUCAGCUUUUUUUUUUUUUUUUUUUUGUUCAGAUCAUUAUUUAUUCCUGCCACAUCUCCAUACAUCAACAGAUUGUUGAUGGAAUUCUUCUAGGCUGGCAGAAUAGAUUCACUUAUUGAAUGUGAAUAUAGAUUGAGGCAGCAUUAGGUACUACACAGGAAUUAAAUACAAAUCCUGGGUGGAGACAUUGAGAUGAAUACAUCAUCAACUCCACAGCACUAUCAAGAUUUAAUUCACCAGUUUCCAGGAUAAUAACUCCUGAAGAGUUAGAACUCCACUUCAGUGUGGGUGACACAGUGAAGAGUUGGAAGAACUUAAGUUGUCUUUUGGAUACCAUCUCUCUAUGAAGUCUUUAUAAAAUUUUGCCUAUUGUCAGUCAAAAUUGCUGUUUUUAUUGUACAUCUAUUUCUUUGUGUAACUUGUGAGCUUCAUGUGUUUUUGUUUCUAUUCUGUAAAUACUAUUAUAAAUAAACUCUUAUUUAUAAAUGGAAA